AAGCUAAUAAACUACUUCCGGUGAAUUUCUAGCAACUUCCUGCGUGUGACCUCCACUUGCGGAGUGCGCGAUUAAAAAGUUAUUUCUCGCCUUGAAACUUUUAUAAACUUUAAUCAUGGUUCAUGAAAGGGAAAUGAUCACACACGGAGAUCCUGAGGAUGAAGCUCCAGCAGAGGAGGAGGAGCCGGAGGAGGUGGAGGAGGAAGAAGAGGAGGAAGAGGAAAUGGUGGACCCGUUAGAGACGGUGAGACAGAAGUGUGAGGAGACGGAGCACUGCGUACACACACGGCACAGGCUGGAGGCGUGUGAAGCUCGUGUGAACUCGCGGUCACACACACAGGAAGACUGCACUGAGGAACUGUUUGACUUCCUGCAUGCACGAGAGCACUGUGUUGCACACAAGCUCUUCAGUUCAUUAAAAUGAGUUACACUACACCCUGCCUCACUGUUACAUACACUUUAAUCAGGAAGCAUCUUUAUCUGUGACAAAUUAAAAUUGUACAUGUCAGUAUGAAUAAAAAUUUAUGGACAUUAAAUUUUUUUAAUAAGCAAAUUGUACUGUAUUUCCAAUUUAUUCCAUUAGCCCACUUUAUGGUAAAGUUUCCUUUACACAAAUUGUUUAGCUGGAAACACACCUGAAUAAAUAUCGCAACUUGUCUAAAGAAAUAAAAAGCAGAAUAUUAACAUGUA